UGAUAAGAACAGAAUGACAUUGGCUUUAAUCUUUUAUCGUUGAUUUGAUUUACUUGGCAUCACUUUGCACUCUGGAAUUGAUUCUGGCUCUUUCGUCGUCUUCUCUCGUGUGUUUUUUCAGUACCGUCGUCAUGAAGGGAACUACUAUAGUAAGCUGAUCACUACGCCCGUGAGGAACCUGCUGGAAUUGUGCUUGCGUACACAGGGCACUCCUGUGCGUGCUGAAGCGGAGCAGUCACCUUGAUGUGGCAGCGAAGUCGAAGCGCCCUAUCCUAUCCUAGAAGGGUUACUCAUGGACUCAAGCUACUCAAGCUACUGAGGCUUACUCAUGGACAACUCGUGUACUCAGUACUCUACAGUGUACUUGCGUACUUGUGUCGCAUACCACGACUACGUAAGCACCCAAUGCAGCGUGUAGUUCCUAAGUCUAGAGACGAUAUAGCGAGGCGGGCUCCAGCUAUGAAAACCACUAGAGAAACGACCUAAAGGAGUAAUGAAUUGACGUCAAGAUGGAGUGGGUGAAAGGAUGCAAUUUAAGUAAUGAUAAUCUUCUGAUGAAAAAUGCAACUGAUGCUGCUUUUUCUUUUUACCUAGGCUGUAGGCCCUUCUACCUGGAUUAAUGAUAUGGAAAAUAAUAUGUACAACUACACCCUCUGCUAGCAGAUCUGAUGCCGCUCUUUCCCUUCUCUUACUGCAAGAGCAGGGUUAGUACAGUUGUAUCUCAUUUCAUCUAUUUUUCAUCUUUUUAACCUAGGCUCUACUAGGCUCUAUUUCCUCGAGUAAAAUGAAAAAUAAUAAUAAUAUCGGUUGUGCCAUGUUGUGCCUGUACGUGUAGUAGUAUGUAAAAAAGAAUGUUGGAGAAUGGUGCUGUGCGUUUCUAACGUCUCGUAGAAGGCGUACUCGACUGUCGUUCCAGAAGGAAUUUUGAAUCACGUGAGGAGAUAAGUAUUUCUAAAGCAUGUUUACGAAAAUGAUAACGACAGCCAGAGGGAAACUGCACAGGUACCAAUUGACUAGUCGUAAGUACUUAAUUAGACAGAUGUUAUUGCCUAAGCGCAAAAAUGCAUAGAUGAAAGUAAUCCAUAGUAAGUGUUUUAAAAGAAGAGGCUAAGUAGAAGGAUAUCACUUCUAGCCUCAUCUUUAUAAGAUGAAGCAGCUGCUAGGUGCGCCUUCGUCGUCUCCACCGAGUAGGCGCGUUCGGCCGUCGUUCCAGAAGGAAUUUUUUAAAAAAAGUUGUAUGAGGAGAAGACGCUUUUUUUUAGCUCGUUGAAACAAAUGAUAACGACGGUGGACGAGGAGGGCACGACAGAUAUGAUGAUGAUUUGAAUUGAAUUGAAUUUGAUAUUUAGAAAAAUAACCUGUGAAUCAAACCAAAUCAGAUCCAAUUCGUCUAGCCGACUUCUAGUGAUGUGAGUUCCGUUUCUAGGAGUUCUGUUGUGAAAAUAUUAAGGGAGGGGGUCGUUGCUAAUUUAUUACACCCUUUAGCUCCAAUACCAUGAUCCUUGGCUUGUUUUCAAUUAGAAGUCAGCGGACUACAGCAAUAUAACUCGAAAGAGUGCGAUAAUGUUGCAACCUCCUUUCUCGUGGUGGCGCACGAACAAAUGAAUGGGUUGUGGUGAUGGUUUGAUUCGUAACUAC